GUCCAACGGGGCAAAUCUAAGUAAGCAAAUAAUGUGCCUAGGGAUAGCUUUUCAUCUGCUGAAUACCGUUACCUAACUUUUAAGUUCUAGAUGGUGCUCUAGUUGGUGCCUUAGUACUGGAGUGCUGGUGGCUUGAUAGUGUCAUUUCCAUGUGACAAUCACCACGUGUACGGUACAGCAUGCGUGCCACUACCUCGACUACCGACCUGAGCAGAGCUAACCUAGCUUUCCACCACCGGUCAACCAAUCCAUCCAUGCUUUUUCAUAUUAAUAAUAAACGAUUACUCUGUAGCAGCUGCAGAUCGGCCGUAUCUUCGCCCUCUUGAGCAUCUCUGACGCUGGUUGUCUUCUUCGGCUGCUUAUGCUUGCCUCUUCAAUAGUUGUUGGCGUCGGACCCUGACCAUAUAUCCGUCCUCAGCCAACCCCGCAACAUUCUUUCUUCAAGCUACAUCAGAUUGCUGAAGAAAUAUUCUACGGUUGUAUUUCGCAUCUGACUCCGCCGCCGGCAUACGUUGCUCCAGUCGUCCAACGUAGCCGUCUAUCCACAUAGAAGUGUGUUCAAUUGGCCCCGCGGCCGUUUCGGCAGAAUGCCUACAGGUCCUGACAAUGCGGUCACCUCGGGUGAUGGAAAUGGGGAAAAGAAGCCGGAGAAGAGGCCGGAAAAGUCAUAUUUGGCUAGUGCCGUUGAGUCUAUAAAUCCAUGGACGACUCGAAGCACCACGCCAGUACCCAAGGACAGCUCUUCAGCCCCCCGGCCGAAACCAGCGGCGCAGCCGGCCCAAAAGGCAGAUGAUCAUUCUACAAACAGCUUAUAUGGUCAAAGCUUCAAGAAGUAUCCUGCCGACUGCCCCUCAGUGAAUGUCCUGUGGUUUCACGCUGUUGAUGUCCCGAAGCGCAAGCCGCAAUUGUUGAAGACCAAGAAGGAGCCGGAUAAUGUCAAGCCAGCCAUCCCGAAGAAGUUUGCCGCAUUUUCGAAUGUAGAUUCCAGGUCACUUGAAAAUGCGUACCAGAAGUUAUUGGAAGAGAUGGAGACUGGUCGUGGCAAAGGUGUACAUAUGCGCACACGCUCUAGCUCCCGCCGCUCUCAAGUGGAAGAUCCGCUAAUCACCGAGCCCGCUAAAGACUCGGAUGCCUUUACAUCGGGCUUACGAGUUCCAGUCAAUGAAGAUUUCCUAUUCGACGUAAAUAUCGAGCGUCGUGAAUUAGCCCCUGUAUACUGGCUUGGCCCCAUAUACGAGGUUCGUCGCGGCACGUGGUUUUAUCAAGAAGGCUCAUCACUGAGGCCUUGCGAGGAGAACUUAGCGGCCCAACUCGAGGAAGGGUAUCUGAAGACUAAGCCUUGGACAUAUCCCGAGAAUAGGACGCGGAGCAAUUCUGGCCUACAGAAUGUUACCCCCAAGGCGUCAACAGAAAAUCUCAAGACAACGGCUAAGUUACAGGCGGAGGGCUCAGUGAAACCCCCGCCUCUACAAUCGCCAGCGGCUCAUCAACCACAAACAUAUCGGCUUUUUGGCACAUACAUGAACAGUGUAGCUACCUACCAAGAUUCAAGCACUGCGUGGCUAUCCUCCGAUGGCGUAUUCAGCUGGGUGACAUCAACAGUCUACCAAAGAUUUGCUGGAGGGGGUUACAUGAAUGGGAUCAAGCUCGUAAGGGGCUAUUCAGAGUCAGGCAAAAACAAGGAAAUCAAACGCCCUCCAACACCUACAACAGCAACAUUGCCGCCUCAUCCAACUGAGGACGACAACCCAGACAAGUCGCUCAAGCGGCGAUCUGCCCCGCCUACCACGCGUCCAGGUACUACGGGUGACGAGAGAGAUGAAAGCGGCACUAGAGUGGAAAUUGAACGAAGGGAGAAUCAACUCAAGCGCCAUUUAUCCUCUUAUAUCGAAGGCGCCGGUGAUCCUGAAAAACAAGAGGAACACAUCAGGCUACGUGAGGAGCAAGAGAUUCAGGAUGACUAUCAAGGUCAAGAUGGUGAGACACAGGGACGCGAGAUCGAGCAUCUAGUUCUGGUAACACAUGGCAUUGGUCAAAUGCUGAGUAUGAGAAUGGAGAGUGUUAAUUUUGUCCAUGAUGUUAAUAUGCUUCGAAAGACUUUAAAAGGCGUUUAUGCUCACUCUGAAGAUCUAAAGGCGCUCAAUUCCGAUAGCCAGGAAGGGCCUGGAAAUUCUAAAAUUCAGGUUUUACCAGUCUGCUGGAGGCAUCUACUUGACUUUCCAAAAAGACGAGAAAGGAAAGGCGAAACGGAUUUGGGUGACGUGGUACAGGAAGACGAUGAAUAUCCCUCUCUUGAAGAUAUCACUGUUGAGGGCAUGGCUUUUGCAAGGUCGCUCAUUUCCGACCUGGCGCUUGAUGUUCUUCUGUACCAGAGCGCCUAUAGGGAACAAAUCACGGAGAUCGUUUUGAAGGAAUCAAACAGGAUUUACAAACUCUUCUGUGAUAGAAAUCCAGAGUUCAAGGGCAAAGUUCAUAUCAUCGGCCACUCCCUUGGAUCAGCGAUCAUGUUUGACAUACUAUGUCGGCAAAAGCAGACAGCCGGCAAUGUCGAGCCACUACGUAACCCUCUUAAAAUUUGGCCUUCUCAGGAGCGCGCAGAACCUUCUAAGGACAUAAAGGAACUUACGUUUGACUUUAAUGUUGAAGAUCUUUACUGCCUCGGUUCGCCUGUCGGCUUGUUCCAGAUGCUGAAAGGACGAACUAUUGCCUCCAGACAUCAACCAAAUGCCGCGCCUUCGGAAAGUCCCCUCACUCCAGAAUAUAUGGAGGAUCCAUUCAUGUCGACCUCUAAUCCUUCAGGACAAAGGCUAUCGGCUGUUACUGGCCUACCCCUUUCUGUCUCAUCUCCAAAAGUUGCACAACUGUUCAAUAUUUUCCAUCCAUCAGAUCCUAUCGCAUAUAGGCUAGAACCAUUGGUCUCCUCGGCGAUGUCUUCCCUGAAGCCACAAGCUCUCCCAUACACCAAAAAGGGCAUAUUUGGGGCGGUGGCUCCGCAAGGUUUAUCUGGAAUUGGUGUCAAAGUGGGACAGAGCGUCAGUGGUUUAUGGUCAAGCUUCAGCGCAGGCAUUGCUAGUAGUCUUCUCCGCGGUAGCCUAGGGCUCACAAAUGCGGAUAUCGCCAACUUCAAUGCCGCAAAUUCUCCAGCAAAUACUUCCUCUUCUGGAGUCAGUGCUGGCACGGCUCUACCCCAGGGCACCGCUUCAAGUGCAGGGGCCUCUAAUGCUACCGCGCAGCUGGAGAAAACCGAUGCCCGCAAAAAGGCACUUGCGCGGCAAAAUUCAUCUACUCCCAGAUCCGCGGAUCCCAGUACACCUGGUGGAAACAUUGCUCAUGACUCAACUCUCAUUGAUGACGAUUUAGAGACGCUCUACGCCCGCUUUCAGAAAAAGAGGGUAGAGGAACAUAAGGAUAGCGUAAGUCGCGCCGAAGAAGGCCAAGAGCUAGGUGCAGCUUGGGCAGCGGAGGAAUUAAAGGCCCAGAAACUGAGGAAAGAGGAAUUGAAAGUACGAGCACUCAAUUGGAAUGGGCGUAUUGAUUACACUAUCCAGGAGAGUGCCCUUGACUUCAACCCGAUGAAUACCAUCGCCUCACAUCUGAGCUAUUGGCAGGACGAGGACGUCAAUCACUUCAUUUGUUCACAGCUCCUCUGUAAUCGCGAGACACGAUCUAGAAUGUAUCAGCCUCGACAUAACAAGCCGGACCGAUACAUGUGAGCAAAACGAAGACUGUCUAUCUAGUCAAGAAUUCUCAACGCUCGCCUCGCCUCGCCUUUUGCUUUCCAUUUUCUCAUACCAAAUCUUUCUCUUUUUUUUUUGUGCCUUUCCCUCAUGGAUGAUAGAUGGAUUUGCAUAUAGAUGAUUGGAUAGAUGUAUACCGCGCCCAGUUUCGGGCUAGUUGGUGUAUGUAUAGGAAUAAUCAGAUAGAUACUCCGCUAUACAGACCAGGUGUUCUUAGCGAAUUGGUCUGUUGGAUCAGCACUGAAAUGUGUAUCUGUCUCCUGCGGCGCGUUCGAUGAGACCGCCCUUGGCUGGAGCAUAUAAGAAUUCUGAAGACUUGAUAGAAGAGGCAUAGAAUAGUCGUGAGAAUAGAUCAUGUAGAGCAGAAAUCAUCAGCUCUAUAUAUCUGUUGGUCGAUUAUCGUUGAAUCAAUUGGCUGCAUAGUGUCGCGAGGUGUGAGAGUUCUUAGCAUGAGAAAUGUCCAUGGAAGACAAUACAUUACUAGUGCGCAGAUGUUAUCAAGUCUAUGUAUGUACCUGUCGUCACUCAUCUCACUGAUGCUUUCUCAACUCACAAUUUCGAGAUUGUUGCCCCGGGAGCACAAUAUAAUCAUCUAUACUUCGCUGGCUAUCCUCGUCACAAUCAGUUGCGACAUAGCAUAAGCAUCGGAUAUU